UCUACAUAGACUAGAAGGUGCGCACAGGACCUGCAGCAGUCGCGUCUCCUGCUGAACAGCGCGUUAACCAGCCUAACCGUGUACAUUUUUCGGGUAAAUGUCAAGAGAUUUAGGGUAUAUUUUAUAGAAUUUCCAGCCACUGUGUUGACAAAGAUUUACAAACUCGUUACCGGCUCGGCGCGGAGUGACCAUGGCACAGUGGCAGGAGUUGCUGAAGUUGGAGCCGGACUCAAAGAGCCGUGUGUGCCGCCUGUACGCGCGCAAGUUCCCCAUCGAUGUCCGCCGCUGUCUGGGGGACUGGGUUGAGGGUCAGGACUGGGAGUUGGCAGCUGAAGAUGAAGCCACAGCGAGGACACACUUUCUGACUCUGCUUCGGAAACUGGACAAACUCAUUAAAGAAUCUCACUACAACAACCACACUUUAACAGGGCCGGAUUUCUCUCUGCUCAAGAGCCACAUGUUGACACAAUUCGAGCACUGCCCUAAGGAAAUGGCGAUCAAACUGUCUGAAUGUUUACAAGAAGAAAAAAAGAUCCUGGAUUCAUGUGCAAUCAACCUGCAGCGCCCUACUGUGACUGAAGAAACUGAUACAGACCUGGAUAUCAAAGUGAGCGAACUGAAAACCCAGACAAAGGAAAUUGAAGAGGAAAUCAAAGUGCUGGAGAAGGUGGAAUCAGUAUACAAGGAAUGGGAAAGUGAAGUUCAAAGGCUGAAUGGACUUGCAACGACUCAAAUGCAAGAAAAGUUUUUAAAUCAAGCCAAGAGCAUCAGAACAAAACAACAGGAGGUGGUUACCCAGAUUGUGAAGUUGGUGAAUUUUGCCAAUAAGAUUGUUCAAACGUUGGUUUCCGUGGAGAUUCCUGAAUGGAAACGCAAACAGCAAAUGUCCUGCAUUGGAAAUCCAGUGUUCACCGGUCUGGAGCAUCUGGAGAAGUGGUUCAGUGCUGUAGCAGAGUCUCUUCUGCAGAUCGUCCAACAGGUGAAGAAACUGAGGGAUCAGAGCAGGCCUCAGAUCAGCGCCAAGUCCGACCUGUCUCAAGUCAUACAACAAAUCAGCUCAUUAAUCAAGGAACUCCUGAAGAAUGCUCUGGUGGUGGAGAAACAGCCUAUGAUGUACAGCCAGACCCACAGACCUCUGGUGCUCAGGACUAAUGUCCAUUUCAGUGUGAAACUCAGACUUUUGGUAAACCUGCCAAUUCUACAGAAUGGUUGUUUGAUAAGAGCAGAGUUUGAUAAGGGUGUGGAAGAAAUCAAGACUAUUCCAGGGUUUCGUCAAUUUCAGUUCACCUGCAAAGACACCAAAGUUAUGGACAAACAAAAUGAAGGUCUUGUGGCAGAGUGGGACAUGUCAAUUUCAGAAAACAAAUCAAAACGGAAAAGGUCGAACGAGAGCCCCAUCAAAGUGACUGAGGAACUGCACAUUAUUAAAUUCAGCACUGAUCUAUGGAUUGCGGGUCUGCAGUGUAAGGCAGAGACCAGCUCUCUGCCUCUGGUGGUCGUGUCCACCACCAGUCAGGGCCCUAGUGCCUGGGCCUCUGUGCUGUGGUCCAACCUCUGCCCCCCUGAGAAUAUGACUCUGUCCCUAUUCUUGGACCCCCCUUCUCUGUCGUGGGAGCAGCUGUCCCAGGCUCUGAGCUGGCAGUUCAUUUCAGCCGGAGACAGAGAGCUCAAUGAGGACCAACUUAAUGAACUUAAACUCAAAAUUGUUGACAACCCAGAUCUCGUGUCUUGGUCCAAGUUUUCUAAUCAGAAAGAAGGCCCUUGGAUUUGGAUCGAUGGGAUACUGGAUUUAAUUGAGAAGCACCUGAAGAAUCUUUGGAGAGAUGGGUGUAUCAUGGGAUUUGUGAGCAAGGAGAAUACUCGAGACCUUUUACUGACAAAACAGGUUGGGAACUUCCUGCUGCGCUUCAGUGAGAGCAACAGAGAGGGUGCUAUCACCUUCAGCUGGAGCGAAUACACAACUAAUGAGAUCACUGUCCGUGCCAUCGACCCCUUCAGCAAAGACGAGCUGUCCAGGACGUCUCUGGCUGACACAAUCAAAACCUACAGAACCAAGAGGAACUCCAACAACCCCCUGAUCUACCUGUUCCCAGACCAACCUAAGGAUGACGUUUUCAAACGCUACUACUCAGAAAGCAACAAUAACCAAUCAGUGGGACCUUAUUUAAAAAGGACAUAUGUUUGUGAAGGAGACUGCCCCACCCCUCCAUCGUGUUCCCCUCCAUUGAGUUUCUCUCUUCACACACAGAUGGACCUGGAUCAGUACUGGGGAGACAUCCCCACUCCUCCUCCGAUGCUGAGCUCACCAUCAUUUGAAAAGAUAAAGAAUGAUCUGGUCUCAGACAUGGAUCUUGACACUUCCGAUUGGCCCUUUGUUGGCUUUGAGACACAGUGAGCUAGUUAGCGUCCUGCUGUACAGUCACUUUUUAAAAAAAAUUGCCAAAUGUGAAAUGAACACCCAAUUCAAAUUCAUAUAGAUUAAAAUAAAGACUACCUGAUUAUUUUUAAUAUUUAAUAUUUAUUAUGCCUCAAAAAUUAGCAUUAGCAUUAGCACUGAAACACAAAUCUCUACCUUUUUGUUUAUGUACUUUUGACACAUGUUGUCAGUCACAUCCAUCCGCAACUCACUGUCCAAUGUCUUAUAUUUAAAUAUUUAUUCAUUUUAGCACAACGUUUUUCACAACAACAACAAAAAAACCAAACAGAUCUACAAUUGGACAUGAAGUAGUGAAGCUAACAGUAUGGUUGCCAAAUGCAGUUGUGCAAAGAGCCUAUACCUGAUACUUUGAUUUAAAGAUCCUCUGCAGCAAUGUUUGCUUAUGUGUGACGGGUAAAUGGUCACAUUUUUAUACAGAGCUUUUCCACCUUCAAAGCACUCAAAGGACUUUACAUCAAGGAACCACUCACCCAUUCACACACACAUUCAUACACCAGUGUAUACAGACACUGGGUGGGUUAAAUGUCUUGCCUAAGGAAAUUCGUGUGUGGGAGCUGGAAUCACACCACUGAACUGUGGGUCAGUGGAUCUGACCGCUGUCUCGUGUGUGCAUGGUCUCAUCAUAGUACCUGCUGAACAUUCUGCCAUAGACAUACAUGCAGAACACUCCCAGUGUGAUAUCACUGCAAGCUAGAAAUAACUGCCAUAUUAGUGUGACUGCCAUAAGCAUACUGUACAUUAUAUUAUAUUUUCUUUUUUUCUCUCAAAACUCUGAAAAGUCUGUACUGUAGUAAUAUUCCCUCUGCUUCUUUUGUCUUUGUUGUUUUGUAUCUUUGUCGUUUUUAUAUUUAUGAUGUAUAUGCUGUUGUUGUUGCUGUCUCUGCUGCCAUAAGAAAGAAUUCAAAAGGAUUUCUGAGGUAGUUAUACUUUGAAUCAAUGUGGCAUAAAUGUAACUUGGUUUUAAGAAAAAAAUAAAUAAAUCAAGAAAAAAUA